UGUCUAAGGUGGAAUGUAUUAAUCAUUGUGUCAGUGAGUAACAGAGAGGUGGAGCCUUUAAGACCCAGCGGAAUCUCAGGAGUAGCUCUCACUCCCUGUCCUGAAGUGGGUCCAACUUACCAGAACUAAGGUUAGGAGAGCUCUCCCUGGCUGGACUGUCAUAGCACUCAGACUGCGGGCACUGGGUCCAUCUCACUGCUGCCGAGAUCGGGGGGCUCAGCCCAGCACAGACCCCCAGCCCCUGGACUGACUGACCGGAAGGAGCCAGCAGGACCUCCAGCAUUGGAGGAGCUGCAGACAGCCUGCAGUCUGGGGUAAAGUGUGGAUAGAUCGGGGUUCGAUACAAAGAAUCAUCCUGGGGGAACGUUCUAAAAGUAUUGGAGAAACGUUCUAUUGGUUACCAUGGCGACUGCUCCACUUUUAUAUAUAUAUAUUUUUUUAUGAAAGUGGAGUAGUCGCCAUGGAAACCGAAAGAAUGUUUCUACUCUACUUUUAGAACGUUCCUCUAGGAUGACAUACAUAUAAAAUAAUAUAUAGUAUAUAAUAUGUUAUAAAUAAUAUAUGUAUAUAUAUAGUGUGUAUAAAUAAUAUAAAUAUAUAUAUAUAUAUAUUGUGUCUGUAUUAACCCCAUUUUACCAGUGUGCAUAGGGUUGUCCUGGAAUGCAUAUGACAUUGUCUAAAAUAUAUCUGCCGUAUUCAUUAUGGGGUAUAUUCAUUAAACUCUGAUUUCUAGUGAAUUGAAAACAGAAUUGCAAAGUUUGGCAAAAAGUGUAGACUUGGAAAAAUUCUCCAAACUCAGUUGUGGCCAGAGCGUGGCUAUUUCAGGCUAAAUCUUGCCAUUUGGAUUUGCGCUCAGUGGAGUUCGAAGUUUAGUGAAUAAACCCUUUAGUUUUAGCAUCUGAUUUCCAUCUACAGACCUGACCAGCAUUCUGGAGCCGCAGGUGACCUGGAGGUUGUCCACUUUAGUAUUUUCUGAUAGCUAUCCAGAUGAUGCACGUCCCAUUGUCUCGACAGACACUUCAAUAAAAAAUGAGCUCAUUGAUCCACUUUUCAUCUUUAAUAUAAGACAUUCUAAAGUACAUUCUACAUAUUCUAGAAACCUCUUUGUUAGGGCAUUCAUACAGGAGUAUCCACAAAAGAACAAAUUGUAGUGAAUUAGUAUGUAAAUGUAAUUUGUUCUAGAUCGGUUAGUUCAGAUUACUUUGUGCUAUUUAAUUUAUUACAAUUCAGAGUUUUGUCAGUUUGGUGAAUAACUUUGAUCAUGUGUCUCAAUGGUCUCUACAGCUCUGAGGAAGAAGGCUUUGCUGCUGAAAUAAGCAAUUAAUUGUGGGCAGUUACGUAGAAACUGAUGGAUAUGAUGUAUCUGUGCAAACCUGUCGAUAUGCAUGGGGACCAAUUUUUGGGUCUCAACUUAGGGGUUUAGAACCACUGACUUGCUAGCAGGAACCAAUCUCUUGAGAUCUUUGGGUCAGACCCAUUGAGCUCCAGCCUUUAAUUUUUACUUGUCCUUAUUCUGAUUUCUUUCAGGGUCUUCUCAGGUCCUUCAAACCUGACGUCGUAUUUGGUUGCUCAUUUGACUGAGGUCCAUCACAUCCAGUAACCGGCCAUGCUGCUCCCACUUAUCAUUUCUGUCGUUUUCCCAUACUUUCCUUGUUGGGCUCAGUAUGAACAGUACAGUUUUAGGGGUUUCCCUCGUUCGGAGAUUAAGCCACUGCAACCCACUUAUGCCAAGGGCCUGGAACUCUACGAGAAGGAGUCCUGGAGAGAUGCCACCCGUGCACUGGAGGCUAGUCUAAGACUGAACCGAUUGCUUCAGGACAGUGAGUCUUUCUGUGGUCAGAACUGUGUGGACAGCAAUAAGAAACAUCCAAUUCCAGGGAUUGAAGAGGAAGACACGUUUAAGGAAACCCAGGAAUGGAGUAUUGAGCUUCAGUUAUUUGGACAGGUGCUCUCCAGGGCUGUCUGUCUACGGAAGUGUAAAGCCACUCUGCCUGUAUUUCAGCAGCCUUAUCCUGACCAGGAGAUCCUGAAAGUGUUCCAGAGAAGAGACCCCUACCUGUACUUGCACUAUGCAUACUUCAAGGUAAGACCUAAUUCUGGCAGCCAUUUUGUUUUAUGUGGAUAUAGCAUAUCAAACAUACCAGAGUGUCACCAUGGUGGGCAGUACUGUACUUGGUAACCUGUUCUUAGGAGAGGUUUACAGGAAGUUCCACCACUAGUAUAAUUUAAUCCUCUUCCUGCCUUUAUGAGGCUAUAUCAUCUGUUACGUGGUACAGCCCCAAAUACAGAAAGAGUAAAAAAUAUUUACACUUUGCACCACUUAGACAGCUCAAAAAACCUUUUUUUUUUUAGCCAUUUCUGUUUAAUAGAAUUUCAAAUAUAUAUGAAAGGAUAACUCUGGUACCAUCACAACUUCAUUUUGCGAUGAAGUUGUUAUGGUGUCUGGAGGACCUGAACACUGUGGGGUUAAACUGUUUUUCGAACAGGUUAACCUCAAAGUUUUCUUGACGGCUCCCAUUCACAUUGCUUCUCUGCCGCCUCCUCCUCCAACACCAGCACCAAUGUAGGAGGCUUGCCUUUGGCUGCCAGUGAUUGGCUGAGAGAAUCAGCUGACCCCUCUCAGCCUAUCGCUGGCCUCCCAUUGAGAGAAAUGCUUUAGAUAGAUAUUUGUAUCAGUAUACGUUUGCCGAACCUUCUCAGAAAUGUGACAUUUCAGUCUUAUGAAUCUUCCCUAAACUUAGGUAAAUCUUGGGACAUUUCCCCUGCAGCUGCACCAGUGAAGAUUAAAGAGGAACUGUUCCUUCCCAGGGAUUUUUAAUAUUAUUUUUACUUAUCCCUUUAUUUAAAAAGGUGUGAAAAAAAUAAAAUAUAGAAUGUUACAUCCCUUUAUCUUGCAACUGGGCACCUACAAUUUACCACAAUGCCAACAAAGCCUUAGGGUGCCAGGCAGGAGGAGGGAAGCAUGGUUGGUGGGGAAAUCAAAGCUCAGCCGGUCAGCCCAUUCUCCUGCUGUGUGGCUGAGCCCGACAGAUGACAUAUGCCCAGCCUGCCACUUCAGGCAACUGAUGUCCCUGUCCCUCCACUACAGCCCCUGUCAUCCCACCACAGGCCCUGUCACCCCAGUAUAGCCCAUGUCAUCCUACCACAACCCCUUGUAACCAGAAUAUAGUCUCUGUCACCCCAUUAUAGUCCAGUCAUCCUUCUACAACCCCUGUCACCCCACUACAGCCCCUGCCAUCCGGCUAUCCCCACUGUCCACACCACAAUAGUCCCUAUCCUCCCACUACAGCCUUCUUUCCCCUGCUAUAGCCCGGGUCACCCCACUACAGCUCCUGUCACCCCACUAUACCAAUAUGUGUGUGUGUGUAUAUAUAUAUAUAUAUAUAUAUAUAUAUAUAUAUAUAUAUAUAUAUAUAUAUAUAUAUAUAUAUAUAUAUAUAUAUAUGUGCAUUGAGGAUACUGGCCUUAGGGCAGCGAGGAGGAUAAAUCUGUCUCUGGGCGACUUAAUCUUAGCUCCCUAGAUAGUUAGUGUUAUUUUCUUAACUGUGAUAUGUCAGUAACUGAAGGUAGUAUUCAAAGUAAAUUUAAUCCAGUUUUUAAAAAAUCCCAGAGCUACCUAUGGUUUCAAUUUGCAUAUUGUGAUCUAAAAUUUUAAUUCACUUUGAUUUACUAAAAGCUCACUCUUUAGUAAAUAACUCUGUCACUUUCCUCUAUAAACUCUUCUCAUUGCGUUAGUCAUAUUAUUUCCUCUGGCAGCAGAAUGGUUAAAUCCCGACACCCCCCCCCACCCCCACCCUUUCUAAAAUAUAUUCACUGGUUCUUUGUUUCUCCUACUGUCCCCAUCAAGCCAUUCUAAGCCUGUGUCUGCUCCUAUUGGCAGUCUGCAUGCUCUGGUAUUGCAGUUAAUGUGAUACAGUCGAGGUAGGGGCUUUGCCACGUCCCCAUACAGUGAAUAUGCCUGAAGUGUUUACACAUCCCCCCUGCUCUCACACAUGCCUGUUAUGUGUCUCUACCAGAUGAGCUACCUAUGUCGUUUCACUUAAGGAGAGGGGAAAUAAAUUACAAAAACAUCUGCGCAGCACAUUAACGGGCAGAUCAUGCGACCUGGUCAGUUUAUAAAAUGAGCCCAACGCUCAGAACCUUUUUACUAUUAACUCUUUAAUAGCAAGUACAAAUAUUUUUUUGUAGGCAAACAUUAGUUGCCACCAAAUGUAAGGGAUGUGUGGAUUCCAUGUUAAUAAAAUAUGAACCCCAGAUAAUAAAAAAACAAAUAGAUCCCCUCCCCCCCCGUCUCUGUGCUUAAAAAAGGGGGAGCGUUUUAUGAUCCCCCUAAUAAAUAACCAAGGGAACACUCGCAGUGGUACCACCUUAACCUUUCGCCACUGGCAUGAACGUGGAAUGUUGGUGAGUUUGACCAAUUAGAAGGAAGAUACUGCUACUUCCUAUUACCGUGGGUGAAAGUUAGGUUUGAGGUUCUUAGGAUCCUCUACUAACCAAACAAUGCGUGGGUUUAGGACAUAAUAAUGUUUAGAGAAGGCUCCAGCUCUUUGGCCCAUUACUUGUCGGUGGAAUUGGACUUAUAAUUUAUGAAUGGCUCAGAGGAUGUAGUGGAGGAUAAGGACUAUUGUGGGGUGGAUAGUGGGUAUAGUCAGAUGACACAAGGCUUUAGUGGGAUGACAGGGGCUGUAGUGGUGUGACAUGGGCUAUACUGGAGUUGACAUGGUAUAGAGGGGUGACAUGGGCUAUGGUGAAGUGACAGGGACUAUAUUGGGAUAACAGGGGCUGUAGUGGGGUGACGGGGCAUAGAGGGGUAACAGGGGCUAUGGUGGGGUGACAGUAACGCAUUACUAUUGUGCCUAACCUACCCCUUAUGCACAGUGGGCCAUUGCCUGCAGGAUACUCUGUCCCCCUAGAUUAGCAAUAACCACAGAUAGAGUUCCCAUGGCACUAAGCUUGCCCCAAACUCCUACGUACAGUGCCAUGGGAUACCCAUUGCACUUGGGCUAAUGUGUGCCCCAACCGCUCAGUGCAGUGCCUAGCUGUGCCCUUAUAAUAUAUAUUUUUACAUAGCACACUCCCAUACAUUACCCAUUCCAAACAUUCACCAUGUAAUUCUUAUUGAUUUAAUAAGCUGCCUUGUAUCUGAUACAUUAUGAGCUCUUUAAAUAUUUAUAUAAAGUGUAUGUGUAUAAACAUUCCAAUUUCCAGGAUCUUUCAACAUGGGAUGAUUUUAUUUUCAGUUUUCGCGUAGAUCUGUCCGCUCCAUAAAGUAUGCCACAUUGGAUCAAUUUAUACAGUAGAUUGUGUUAUCAGUCUAUUGAAAUAGAACCCAGUGACAAUGUGAAACAUUGAAUUUGUAAGUUUUUAGCUAAUGACAAUUCAUCGAAAAACCCAGAAACUCAACUAUGUGCGUCAUUGUUCUGCAGUUUGUACAAAAAAAUACAAAUUUCCAAUUAACAUCAAUAGAUCAGCUUUAACCUCUUAAGGAUACAGCUUUAGACGUAAAAGGUCAGCAUGAACAUUUCCGUCAUGUGUCCUUCAGGGGUUCAUAAAAGCCGAGAUCUUAAAAAACCUCAUUGAUAUGCUAUAGGUCUUAAAUGUGUGGAUGAACAGUCUCCUCUGUACAAUUUUACCACACUUUUUUAAUAGUGAAUGGGUCCCAUAAGUCUGGCUAUAAAAGUUCAAUAUAUAAUGUUUUUUAGAUUCAAUGGAUGUAAGUGUGGAGCAGGCUCAAAGUCGCAUGGGGUGCGUUUUAAGAUCUGAACGGCCCUGGCGAAUACCAGCGCAUGUUCGUAAGAGCUACGUCAACUAUGUAAUCUCUCUGUAUUCUUCUAGAUCAAUGAUUUGGAGAAAGCGGUGUCUGCCGCACACACAUACCUGCAGAAGAAUCCUUCCCACGAGAUGACAACGAGAUACAUGGCGUAUUACAAAACUCUCAUGGACGUUGAUGAAUUUCUGAUCGAUUUGGAGGCCCAACCUUAUGAGGUAAGAAACAGGAGAGAUUGUUAUGCCUGCUGGGGCCCUGUGCCCUCACAGCUGCCGGUGACUAUUGCUUCCAUUCUGGCUUGGAUUUGGAAACAGCUGUACCCAUGCAGAGCUGAAGGUCUUAAGGAUUAUUUUUAAAAAAGAAGAAAAAAACUGUGAGGGAGACUGGUGGGGUGGGCAUGGACGAAAGGAUGGGACACUCAAGCUUCCCCUUGUAGGCAGCAUAGCUUGCAAGGAAGAAGCUGGAAUUGUCUCAUGCCGGUAUGCAGUGAAUUGACAUUUAGCAACCCAGAACAGGAUCGGCGGCACAAGUUACUCUGUAUUUGCAAUGUUUCAUGCAGACCCUAAAAGCAGCAGGAAUCGUGGUAAUUGGAGUUACCAUUUAACUCAGGUGGGAAAAGUUUGAAAUGUUAUAGAGACUCCAUUACCACCCGAGUGCUAAUUGUUCUCUCCUUCCGCAGGGAAUUUUUGUCAAGUCCGUAAAAUCUUACAAUGCGGGAGAUUUCAGACGUAGUAUCGAGGAGAUGGAGCAAGCAUUGCCGCUGUAUUAUAAAGCAUACGACAGCUGUCUGACAGGAUGUGAGGGCACCUACGAAAUGAGAGAAUUCAAAGACUUCUAUCCAGCAGUUGCAGGUAAGAUUUUAAAGACCCAGUAGGAAAACAGAAGUUGAGAAAUUCUGCAAUAAACAAAAUGUGCAAUAAAAGAAGUUUAAAUAUUAGAUCUCUCUUUACAGGAAGUGUUUAGAAAGGCUGUGUAAGUCACAUGCAGGGAGGUGUGACUAGGGCUAUAUAGUAGUGAGACAGCAGGGGCAUGAUCUAUACCGCAAAAUGGCUUCAUUAAGCUAAAGUUGUUUUGGUGCUUUAGGGUAUACUUAUAAGGUUAGGAAUUAUCAUUGCCCACACCAGCUUUAAAAAUUAACCUUUUUACUAGAAACCAAGUUAGAGUAAAAAUUGUAUGAUGAUACCAGUAGAUUUAAAUUAGGGGGAAGAAAGCAGUUGCUUGGUUACUUGGCCAGAUUUUUAUUCCUAGUGGAAAAUAGAAUUUCACUUGUAACCCUUGUAUCCCUGGGGUUCUGAGGAGACACACGUCCGUAGAAUAGGACAUUACAUAACCAGAACAUGUGAGCUUCCCAAGCUCAGUCCAGUAAUAUCUGUGAGAUAUUUUAUUGGUCCAUAAUCCACACGCUCAGUUAAUGUGGUUAUUAUAUCACCUUCUCUGCCUUACCACGUCAGGUAAACACCAAAUUGUGGGGUUAAUUAUUAAAAUGUAUCUGAUUAGACUUUAUUGAGCAGUUGUUUAUCUGUCACAAAUCAGUCAACCCUGUAGACUUGGACCUUCAUCUCCUGGUCUCCACUCAGAUUACACUUAUGAUAGAUAAUGUCAUUCAAUGUCAAUCCACUGAAGCUGAAUAAAUAUUUCAAUAUGCUCGCCAUAUCAAAAGCAGAUACAUCAUCCAUUCUAAGUGCAACUAAAACCAUUCAUCCUCUUCAUAGCCUCCUAACCACUGUCCACUCAUUCAGCCACAUAACCGCCCAGCAUGCUUUAUUAAAGAGGUUUAAUGGACCAGACGGCUUUGGUGUUUUAAUGCUUUGUUCUUCCUUCCUUUCUUAGAUCAUCUAGCGGACGUCCUACAGUGUAAAGUCGAGUGUGAGGCCAGUCUUACUCCUAAUGUCGGGGGCUACUUUGUUCAAAAGUUUGUGGCCACAAUGUAUCACUACCUGCAGUUUGCGUAUUACAAGUGUAAGUUCUGACUUUCAACUGUAAAUAUUAAAUUCAUUAUGAUAACGUUCUGGACACAUCUGCACACCUCUGUAUGUGACUGGAAUUCUUACUCUUAUAGACAGACACCCAUCCAUACAGAAACAAUACAUCCCCCCCCUCCCCCUCCCCCACCCCACACACACACACACACACACACACACACACAAAAUAAAUGUAAAAAAUUAAUUAUAUAUAUACACUGCUCAAAAAAAUAAAGGGAACACAAAAAUAACACAUCCUAGAUCUGAAUGAAUUAAAUAUUCUUCUGAAAUACUUUGUUCUUUACACGUUGAAUGUGCUGACAACAAAAUCACACAAAAAUUAAAAAAUGGAAAUCAAAUUUUUUAACCCAUGGAGGUCUGGAUUUGGAGUCACACUGAAAAUUAAAGUGGAAAAACACACUACAGGCUGAUCCAACUUUGAUGUAAUCUCCUUAAAACAAGUCAAAAUGAGGCUCAGUAGUGUGUGUGUGGCCUCCACGUGCCUGUAUGACCUCCCUACAAUGUCUGUGCAUGCUCCUGAUGAGGUGGCGGAUGGUCUCCUGAGGGAUCUCCUCCCAGACCUGGACUAAAGCAUGUGCCAACUCCUGGACAGUGUGUGGUGCAACGUGACAUUGGUGGAUGGAGCGAAACAUGAUGUCCCAGAUGUGCUCAAUUGGAUUCAGGUCUGGGGAACGGGCGGGCCAGUCCAUAGCAUCAAUGCCUUCAUCUUGCAGGAACUGCUGACACACUCCAGCCACAUGAGGUCUAGCAUUGUCUUGCAUUAGGAGGAACCCAGGGCCAACCGCAACAGCAUAUGAUCUCACAAGGGGUCUGAGGAUCUCAUCUCGGUACCUAAUAGCAGUCAGGCUACCUCUGGCGAGCACAUGGAGGGCUGUGUGGCCCCCCAAAAUGCCACCCCACACCAUUACUGACCCACUGCCAAACUGGUCAUGCUGGAGGAUGUUGCAGGCAGCAGAACGUUCUCCACGGAGUCUCCAGACUCUGUCACGUCUGUCACAUUAGCUCAGUGUGAACCUGCUUUCAUCUGUAAAGAACACAGGGCGCCAGUGGCGAAUUUGCCAAUCUUGGUGUUCUCUGGCAAAUGCCAAACGUCCUGCACGGUGUUGGGCUGUUGCCCUCCUACAGCCUCCUCCACGUCUCCUGAUGUACCAGCCUGUCUCCUGGUAGCGCCUCCAUGCUCUGGACACUACGCUGACAGACACAGCAAGCCUUCUUGCCACAGCUCGCCAUGAUGUGCCAUGCUGGAUGAGCUGCACUACCUGAGCCACUUGUGUGGGUUGUAGACUCCGUCUCAUGCUACCACUAGAGUGAAAGCACCGCCAGCAUUCAAAAAUGACCAAAACAUCAGCCAGGAAGCAUCGGAACUGAGAAGUGGUCUGUGGUCACCACCUGCAGAACCACUCCUUUAUUGGGGGUGUCUUGCUAAUUGCCUAUAAUUUCCACCUGUUGUCUAUCCCAUUUGCACAACAGCUUGAUUUCACAGAAGUGUGAUUGACAUUGUGUUGUUUAAGUGUUCCCUUUAUUUUUUUGAGCAGUGUAUUAACUGAACCCCUAUCUCACUUGAUCAUCCCUGGCAGUUUAGUUGGAGAUUUAAAAGUAAAAGGCUGCACAUACAGACUCCAGGCACCAUGACCACUUCAAAUUACUGAAGUGGUCAUGGUGCUUGGAGUAACCUUUUAUGUUUGCCUAUUCUAAGGACCUGUAGUGUGUAUAAUUAUUGCCGUGUGUGGGUUUUGUGUGUUAGGGUCCCUCACCUACUUUGACAAAAAAAAGCAAAAAAACUCCAUUUCAUUUGUCUAAGAUGUCAAGAGAGUUCCUUAAAUGCAGGAGCCAGGAACAAAUACUACGAAGAACCCUAGCUUUGAAAAAUGAGGCCAUCUAGUCAUCCUACUAGAUACAUGUUUACAAAAGUUGACAUUUAUAGAAAAUUUUAAGUAGUUUGUGCACAAAUCACCUACUGAUAUAAACUCGUUUUUUUCCCCCCAGUGAACGAUGUGAAGAAUGCAGUGCAGUGCGUAUCGAGCUACAUGCUCUUUGACCCGGUGGACACAGUAAUGCAGCAGAAUCUGGCAUAUUACAAGUUCUACAAAGAGAAAUGGGAUUUGGAGGAUACGGAUUUCAAUCCUAGAAAGGUGAGAAGGUCUAACUGUUCGUGACAGAUCAAUACUAUCAUCAUAACCUUCAGAGAGGUUUUAGGGGGCAAGUUUGAAGGUCACAUCUGCUUACGCAAUGCUGAGACUUUUUAUCGAUUCUUUCUAUAUCUUUGCAUUCUGUUGUUCUAAAUGUUUGCUCACAACAUGACAGUCAGGGAGACAGAAAAUUUAAAAAGGCACUUAUCCUAAAAUAAAUGUCCUAGAUGAUAUAUGCUAAGAUACCACAGUAAAAAUUGAUUGUGUUGUUUUUGUUCUUUAGGCUUCUGUUGUCACGUUAACACAAUGUCAAGUACGCAAAUGGACCAUUAGAACCAUGAUUAAACCUGCUCUGUCAGUAAUUGGUUGUCCCUGCCCCAGGGAUGCCUUACUGCAGCCCAACCUCCCCACAAGCAUUUUAGGUUCCAGUACCAGUGCAACUUACAUUUUUUUGAAAAGUGUGCCAGUCCCACCGGGUCUUCUUUCAUGACACCACCACCUUUGUUUUUCUAAGAUGGUGGUGACCAGGAAUUCCAUGUUCUGCCCUUCCUUGGGCGUGCACAUCAUUUGAAGCCAAGGUUUCCAAUGUACCUGUGUUGACUCUCGCAAAAGAGUCAAGACAGAGUGUUAUUGACAUUUCAAGUAACGCAGAGCUGGUAGGAGGUGAGUACAGCCAAUAGCAAAGUUGACAAGGGCCGUGGAGCUUGACUAAGACUUCACCAUUUGUCAACACUGGCCAGCUUGAAGGUUCUACAAGUAAUCUCUACCUUUCCUUAUGCAUACAUUUUAAGAUAAGCUUUGUUUAAAAAAACAAAACAAAAAAAAACAACAACAAAAAAAUGCAGGGCAGCAAAGGGGGAUUCUUCCUAUGAGAGGAAAAAAGUGGCAGAGACACUUUAAUUAGGAAAUAAUGAAUGUGUAUAUUGGCAUGUUGAACCCUAAAAGUGAGAAGAUAAUCGUUUGAAAAUAGUUUUUAGAAACUAAGUGAAUUUUUUAAUAGUUCUUUGGAAAAUAGUGUGUAUUUUUUCAAGUCACCCACUAUUUUUUCACCAGUUGAGUCUGCCAGCAUAAAAAUGAUAAGUUUCAUUGAUAACGCUGAAGACAAUCUUUUAUCCGUGAGAGAUGCGCACGUUUCUUUACCCCGUAGAUAACCCGCAAAUCUUAGCUAGAUCUCCAUUAUAUUGGUCUUAGAUAAGCAACUCAUGAUCACUUAUGCUUUUCAGUUCUCUCCGCUGUUUAUCAUCCUGGAAACAGACAAAUGGCAAGUUAAAAAGUACACACUGGGAGAGCAGAGCCUCACUGCAGAAGCAAGCGGUCGCAGGACCUAUGAGCUCUGGUACACAACCAUGGAAAUCUGGCUUUUUUGCCUACUUACCCGCAGCCAUCGUGUCCUGGGGGACCCCUACACGAAGCCUAAGUAGUAUGGAGAGAACAAAUAGAAAAACAAAAACUGGACAAGCCGAACCUGGGGUUAACGAUCGUUGAACUAUGGCGGCAGCCGGCAGACGCAGGGCGCGACAGGGCCAAAAAUGGCGCCCUCUCUGACUGCGGAUCUGACUUCUCGGAUGAUUUCUCUUGUGGAAUAGAGGAACAAAAUCAGACGCAUGAAUGCCACUUUGCAGCACUGGAGGACACCAUGCACCGCAACAACCUUAAGGAGACCGAAUUUCUGCACUUCAUGAGGCACUUGUGGGACCCUAUUGCCCCAAAACAGGCCAGAGUGUGCAAUUGGAGGGCCUAUUUCUGAUUCCUAGACCGCGCAGAGCUCCGACCACAGUGCCAAGGGACCUGGUGGUCCAAUUCAGAAUUGGGGCUGACAAAACCCCUGUCCUCAAUGCCCUGAAAGGAAAACCCCGUUACCAAUUCGAAUCGAUGUCUCUCACCUUCUACACCAGGGGUCCUCAAACUGUGGCCCUCCAGAUGUUGCUGAACUACAAAUCCCAUGAUUCCUUGAAUUACAUAGAUAGCCAUAGAAUCAUGGGAGUUGUAGUUCAGCAACAUCUGGGGGGCCGGAGUUUGAGGCCCCUGUUCUACGCCAAUCUCGCAGGGGACACUCUGGCCUUGCGCAAAUCCCUCAGUCCACUUACCAUACUCCUACAGUGGCACAACAUGAGGUGCCUCUCCCGGUCUAUCAUGGGGACACCACUCACCACAUACAAGAACUGCAAGAGGCAGUCUUGGACUUCCUAUGGACUCCCUUAACCAAAACAGGCAGGCUGAAGCACAGCAGUGCCCUCACACUUGGGAUCCGGCUCACAUCACCCCUUUCAUUCCCCAGACACCCACGCCUGAACCGUACGUGGCAGUGACAACCUGAACCUAGGAAGAGAUUACUGACCUCUAAACCAUGUGGAACCCCAUAAACUAGAUGGCACCUACACCAAAUCACGUUGUGUAUUUUUACUUUUUUGUUUUCAUGAUUAUCAGUUGAACCUUAACUCAUAUAAUUUUUUUUUUUUACCCACACAGACCGGCCAGUCUUACAACACACACACACCUCCCACUCCCACGCCUCAUGUCAUAGUUCUUAAGGCGGCAACGCCAGCUUGCACAUUGAGGCCAAAACCCACACGAACUACAUUGCCACCCACAACAAUACAGGACACACAGUAAUGCAGUCAUCAGAUCCCUCUUUUGUUUUCGUUAUUAAGUUGAUGUUUAGCAUCGUUAACCCUCUUCCCACUGUUCGACCACCACGCUGACCCACACGUAUGAACACUCAAAUCUUAACUACAAAGGCACACCCAAAUGCCAAACUUUGUUGGCACUACUCGAAGAUCUCCAGUAUUCCGUUCAGAAAUAUCAAAUAGAUUCACACACCGCCAGGAAUAUGUUUCCUAUUGAUGGGGAUUACUGAACCCACUCUUACUGGCGCAGGGGCACACAGCACCUCUAGCCUAGGCUAGAAUUACAUCCUACGUAGGUUUUCACCUUCUACAACUAUAUGAUAAACUAACAUGAUUGUCUAUGUCUAUGUUUUUUUUUUCUGUAUUUCAUCUCUGCCGAAUGGGUUUGAAUUGAACAGAAAAUUAGUUUUCUGCCCGAAUCCCGUCAUCAUUGCUUGUUUAGAAAUGAAUAAAAUGUACUGCUUUAUUUCUGGGAAACCCAAAGCAAAACCGGGCUUCUGCCUGACAAUCCAUAUAUCUGCCUCCCUACAUCUGUGCUAGGUUGCAAAGAUAAAAAGAAUGGCAGUAAACGGAUAUGCUAUGAACACUGGCUGUUGCCAUAUUUGCAGUUUUCACUUUAAUGCCCUUGGCACGGAUGUUGAGACUAAAAGCUAAAUGUACCAAUAUAAAAUUGCUACCUGCUAGUCUAGUUGACGUGGUGGGAUUUAUAAAUGUGUGACAAGUCAGACAAUGUAGAGGGAGGAUUUAACUAGAGAAGUGGGGAGUUUAGAUCAUGAGAAUGUAAGCUCUUUUGAGCAGGACCCUCACACCCCUUCUGUACGUCCAACUUGUCUUCUUACAACAGCUUAUCUAUUAGUCCACCUUUUGUACAGCGCUGGAGAAUAUGUUGGCACUUUAUAAAUGAUAAUAAUGAGAAGGACAGGGAGAGAGUGGAGGAGUAUUAAGCAUUAAUGAAGAGUAUUAGGAGGGAACAGAAAGCCAAUGUUAAGCUGUAUACAUAUUGUUUUUCGAUUGGGUGGGGAGACAGUGGAUGGAUGUACAGAGUGAAGCCGUGGAAGAUGAUUGAUGGGUGAGAAGGAUGAGUCACAUUACAGCUUUUUGUAAGGAAUGUCAUUGCGUCAGUAGAUUUGAGUGACAUUUAUGAGCUGUCCUUUUAAUAUUGCUCAGAUACUGACUAUAUAUCCCUGCUGCAGGAGGCUUUACAGUAUCACAACCAGACCACACGACACAAGGAGCUUCUGCAAUUUGCCAGAGAUUUCCUCAAUCAGGGGGAUGAUGAGGUACGUAAAGCUCCCUAUGAGAGUAUUACUUUAUAUGUGUGAAAAUUCAGGAGCAGGAUGCUGCUUGUGGUGGGAGUGGAGAUCGCUGCUGGAUGUAAGUUAGGGGUUAAACUGUUCAAGAUUUCAGCUCUCUGAUGGCGUUUGGUCCGGCUGAAAUACAGACCUGAAUCAGGCACGUUCAGAGCCUGUAAUUAUAAAUAAUCUGUUUUUUAACCCAUUCAGGACCAACAUGAUUUACUAAUUUGUUCCAAUACGAUGAGGUGUAUUUUUUCCCCCCACUUUUGCUAUAUUUAGCUGAAAAAGGAUCCUGUGUGAGCUACAAGUUGCAGUUCUGUUUCCUGCAAUUUACUAAAUAAAACAACACUCCAUUCCAUGUGGAGAGUGUUAGACCAUACUUUUUAUUUCCUGUCUUUAUAUUUAACCCAUUUCCCCUCUUUACAUGAAAUAUUGUAUUUUUUACAGGGUGAGUGAGACCCCAGUAUUGACCCAAACUGCUCUCCUACUCCCACCUGCUAGACAGGGUGGGGUACAAUACAAUAAUACCACCAUUUAUAUUUUCAUGGCAGAAUUUACUUAUGGGUUAGCGCUCUCACAGCAGAAAGGACAGGAGAUAGAACUCUGAAAUUGGGAUAAAUAGAUCCAUCCCCUUCCCACCAGGCAGUCUUUUUUCCUGUCCUUCACAGCGGUUUGGAAGAUGUCUGCUUAAGCAGGCCUAGAUUAAUUGUAGGCUCACCAGGUCAAUAUUUUUGUAGGCCCAGCCUCUAAUCCCUUAAGUGCCAGGAAACAGUCCAGAUAUGAGAGUUACCUCCAUGGGGACCCUCUGGAUAUAUGAGGCCAAGCCAGGGCCGCUUUCCCUGAAGACCCAGUAAACAGCACUUACACAAGGUGACUACCUGGGGAGGCUCUGUUUAUGUAUACCACCAUAUCCAGGAUCUGUUUUAAACUUUCCCCCCACUGGUGAUGAUGAAUGACAUUUGGGGUACAUAUUUAAGCCUAUAGUUUAGACUGUCAGUUGUUCAAAUCCCCAACUGUGUUACACUGCUUUAACCGGUGCUGUAAUAAUGUAGGGUACAGCACUGUACAUCAAGCAGUGAGUUAUGUCUGCUCUGAGUUAAAGGGAUACUAUAGUCACCAGUACAACUACAGCUUAAUGUAGUUGUUCUUGUGAGUAUAGUCAGUCCCUGCAAGCUUUCUGCAGUAAACACUGUCUUUUCAGAGAAAAGGCAGUGUUUACAUUACAGCCUAGGAACACCUCCUCAGAUGACACUAAACUAUCCUCAUAAAAAUGCAUUGAUUCAAUGCAUCUCUAUGAGGCGAUGCUGAUUGGCCAGGGCACUGUUUAGCUCUGUCCCUGUCCUGCCUCCUUGGAUGAGAUCAUCAGAAUUGAUGAUCUCAGCCAAUCCAUUGCUUUCCUAGGGGGGAGCAUUGUGAUUGGCUGAGAUUAUCAACUCUGAUGAUGUCAGCCAAGGAGGUGGAUCAGUGGCAGAGCCAGUGCCGGCGAACCCGCAGAUAUAAAGUGGGUUUUUACUAUAUUUAAAGGAGGCAGGGGGGCUAAAUAGUAUUUUUUACACUAUAAGGUCAGGAACCCUAUAGUGUUCAGUUAAGAUUUGUCCCCUCUGUUUUGUUAGAGGUGUUAUAGCGAGUUUCUUGCAAAAUACCCUGAUGAAUCUUUCAUAAAAUCUUUGCGCAAUACAUUUUUUUUUUCUUAUUUCAAUAUUGUUCUAGAUGGAAGUUGGAGCAGAACUGGAAACUGAGCCAGUCCCAUCUGACAGUGAAUUUGAAGGCAUUGGAGACUACGAAGAAGGAAUCGUUGCUGAGUUUUGGACAGAGCCGAAAUCUAAAGGAGAGGUGGCAGGCAAAGGAUAUUGAUCUACCGUUGAGGUUUCAUUGGAUUAAGUGAAAAUAUCUGUAUUUUAAAGAAAGCUCAUCCAGAGUAAAGAAUGAGUUAAAAGUAUCGGUUCUUGGAGACCAAUCAUGCACUCCAAAGAUGGGACCCAACAUUGUCCAAGGUGCACACAAUUGUAAAACAUCUCAAUUUUAAGGAAUGGGGUACCAGAGACUCUCUAUUCCAAAGUUGUAAACCGUUUAAUGCUUGCCAGCUGGGAUUUCUCAUAUUUCUGUUUGUCAUUGAAAGAAGAACCUUUUCGAAUGUGUUAUCCAAACAUCCUCCUGGAAAAUAAAGUCACAUUUUAAAAGACAAUGAUGUCCAUAUUGCAGUGAACAGUUCCUAGCAGAUUUGUACCCUUUAUCUUCUUGAAAGGUUCCAUAUUCUACAUUCAAAUAAAUAAUUAGGAUACAGUUUUUAUUUAUAUAACAAAAUAAAGACUACUUCUGUUAGUGUAAACUUAAAUGGAGUGCCCGCACAUUUGGCAACUUACCUGGGUUCCCCUGGGCACCUGCCUCCUGGAAGACCCAGGUAAGUUGCUAAACUAUUCUUAAACUGUAUGACAAAUUACUCUGGGGUGGCUGCAGUGAUUAUAGUAUUUGGGAUGUUCAAAUUAAAAAUGUCAAAACUGAGACUGCAAUAACCAUGUUCUGACUUUAGAUAAGAUAAG